GCGGGCGCGGCGGAGCACCGCCUCCUGGGGCAGCGGGGCGGGCCGCCCGCUCGGGCCUUGCGUGCUGAGGCCUGGUCGCGCCGGGAGAAGGGCCGAUGGAGGCGGAAAGCGGCGGGGGAGCGGCGGCGGCAGCAGCGGGCAGCAUCGCCCUGCACGACUUCAGCGGGCGGCUGGGCGAGCAGCUGGUGCACUUCCACGCCAUGCGGCUGCGGGACUCUCUCUUUCUCUGGGUGGGAGCCGCGCCCGCCCUGGCCAGCCUGGCCGUCGCCAUGUGCAGCCCCCGUGACAGCAUCCCGGUGGCCGCCUCGCUCCUGGGGGAUCCCUCCGACACCGCCUCCACCUGCCUGGCCCAGCGCUUGGCCAGCAAGACCAAAAAACAGAUAUUUGUCAGCUACAAUCUUCAAAACACAGACAGCAACUUCACCUUACUCAUAGAAAACAGGAUCAAAGAAGAAAUGAUGGCUUUUCCAGAGAAGUUCUGACUUUGCGUCAUUGUAAAAUAACCUGAAGUUUUUGUUCUAGAAAAACUGAUUGCAAUUUUCACACUGACAUUGUUAGUAUAUUUGUUUUGUAUUGUUUUGAUUGAAUUUGCAGUUGUUAUUAAAUAUAGCUGGACCUAAA